AUGUUACUUUUUAUGAGCAUUGAUAGAAAUAAUUUUUUGUUAUCUCUCGCUGCACUAGUCGUUAUCUUUUUGUGGACCAAUGGCGUUCUAGUCGCAACCUCACCAGUGGCUGGUAGGUUAAUUCAAUUUAAUUCUCAGCCAUACGAUGAUGAAGCGAGAUGCAUUGACUUCAUCUUCAACAGCAACUGCCCAAGUCACAUGAUCAUAAGUCAAGGUCAAAAAACCUUAUCAACAAACAAUACGUGUCCGACGGCUUGUGACGAGAAGAGGGACUGUGUCCUCUGCAGGGCUUUCAAAGUUUACAGCAAGUUGAAUGAGGAGGAAUGCUCGAAGCAGUGCGAUCACGUUCUAAGGAGUAAGAGGGGUAAUUAUAAUAAUUUAUGCAAUGAUUCAAUUGACGACGACGACAAUGAUGAUGGUGACGAUGAUAAAGAUGAAGAUAACAAUGAUUUUACAGCGGCUAAUACGGUAACUCCAUCUGCACGAGUGGAGACAUUUCUACCAUCUUCAUCCUCUCCAUCUCCAUCUCCUUCUUUAUCAUCUUCAUUACCAUCUUUCUCUUCCUCUUCUUCCUCCUCAUCAUCGUCAUCCUCGCCGUCACCGCGGUUCUUGCCCUACGUAAUGUGUGGUAACUGCUACGGAACGGUGACGUCAUCGGCAGACUUGAUGAACAUAAACAGCAUGGAGUGCUUCGGACGAGUCCAGUUGAAGGGGUGUCCAGUUGGCUGCCAUCUUUAUUUUUUGUUUCAUGCAGAAAACAACGCCAGCAUAUGGAGAAAUUGCGCCAGCCAGCUAUCGCCAGACGAGGCCUCGGACUACAGCAGUAGCGACAUUCGCUUCAAGAGAAACAGCAACAAACAAGUGAGCAACUGUGGAACUAUAUCCCAAAUUAUCUCUGACGCGCAUCUCAACAAGUUUCAACCUGAAGCUAGGAGGCUUUUUGAAAAGUUUGCCUCUAGAUGGUUCAAAUCUAGCUGCUCCGAAAAUAGUUCCAGCUAUGGUGGCGAUAGAGUUCUUAUGGCACAAGGGUAUAACGAGGGAGAUCACAACCCCAAAUAA